CUCCUGGGACCAGAGCAGUGUUCCAGCAGGCGCCAAAGGCAGCGCUCGCUACGCGGCCGUUUUUGGUCCAAUUGGUUUGGCUUAAGCCGAUUGUUGCCAAAAAAAAAAAAAGAAAGAAACUGCACAGAUAUCAGCUAGCCUUUGCUAGCCAUCCGAACAAUACAAAACAGGUGAAAUUUUUGCACAACAUUUUUGAUUGACAACGAAAGCAGCAACAAAAACAACAACAGUACCUAAGUCAGACUAAAACAAUUGAGAAUGGCCGAGUAUAGACCAUCAACUUCGUGGCCCCAUCGCAUGAUGAGCUUCCAGUGCCGACAGGCGGAUCUAAACCGCCUGGUGAUGAACUAUCUGGUUACAGAGGGCUAUCAGGAGGCCGCCAAGCGUUUCAUGACCGAGGCGGCGGUGAAGCCGGGUCCUCACAUGGACACCAUUGGCGAUCGCUUGAGGAUUCAGGAUGCCGUCCGGGUGGGCCAGGUGAAGUACGCUAUGGAUCUGGCCACACGGAUCUAUCCACGCCUCUUCGAGACCGACAACUAUGUGUUCUUUCACAUGCAACAGUUGCGUCUGAUUGAGAUGAUCAGGGAUCAGAAGAUGGAAAAGGCCUUGAAGUUCGCCCAGAGCAAGGCAGCGGGAUUUUCCAAGGUCGAUCCAAGGCACUACCACGAAGUGGAGCGCACCAUGGGUCUGCUGGCCUUCGAUCGGCCGGAAUACAGUCCCUACGGGGAGCUAAUGUAUUACUCCUAUCGCCAAAAGGUGGCCGGUGAAAUAAAUGCAGCCAUGUUGCGCUGCCACGAGGGUGAGAGUAAGAGCAAAGAGGAGCAGCCAAUGGAGCCAAGAAUGAUGUUCCUCAUCAAGCUGAUCCUUUGGGCCCAGGCCAAGCUGGAUCGCGAGGGAUGCACCAACUUUCACAAACUUGAUCUUGCCCAUGCGGAUUUCGAGGAGGAGUUCCGCCGCAGUUUCCAGGGUUUCUAAGUCCAUAGGCAUGCAAUAAUUGUCCAACGAUCGGUCGGCGUCUACUGCGAAACUUUUUAAAUGUACGUUGUUUUUUUUUUUUUUUUAAGCAAAUCUACAUAUAUAAAUGUAAUUUUGUUGGUGGUAAACCAGCAUAAAUAGGUGUAAUUUUUUUGAAUGGAUGUUGAAUAUUAAAUAUUUCCAUGUCUUGAUGUAAAUUGGAA